AUGAGAUUGUUUGCUAGUGGCUCUAUUUUAUCUUCUUUCGUCGCUUCUCAGAUGGCGUUUUCGCCCGAGCCACGAAAGUACAAUCAAUUGGUAAGCAUGAUUAAAGCCGUCUUUCCGGAGUUCGAUGAAAAGACCUAUUUCAAUUACGGCUGCAACGGGCAAAUGAAUGCACCGGAAGUGGCUAAUCCCCUCGCCCACUCGGGAUUCGGCGCGCCCGUCGACGAGCUCGAUAAGAUCUUCAAGGAGUACAGGGCUUGCGGAAAAUGUCUCCGAGAAGAAAUCGGUGAAGACUGUCUGGCAGACAACACGAGAUACAAUUGGAGCUUGUCAGAAGAAGGAGAGCUGGUCUCAGCGAAUCCCGUUGGAACGUGCAGAAGAAAUGUGUUCGAAUGCGACAAGCGUUUGGCUAUCAGACUUGCUCAGGGAGGAACUGCCAUUUACGACGUCAAAUACGACUUUUUCUUCACUACGAUUGGUUUCGACUUCAAGGACGAUUUUUGGUGCCAUCCCUCUGAUGAAGUGAUUGAAGCUCGAGAACCUGCUUGCUGCCAACCCGAAUCGAAGGACACGGCGUUUAUGCGAUACAACAAGCUAGCCAAGCAAUGUUGCGCAGAUGGCUCUAUCCAAAAAACGUGUCCAGAAGGCGAGAACAUCAGCUACUAA